GGGGUUGCAGACGCGGCGGGAACCGCUCGGGCGUCCCGGGGAGCCCGGAACCCAGCCUGCCACUCGGGGCCGGCCAGGUUCUCGGUCGCGGCCGUGCGGCCAAUCAGCGUCCGCCGGGCCGGGCUCUGCACCUCCCUCCGCGCACAGGGUCUGCGGCGGAGUCGGCGGCGCAGCCAGCUCCGGGUGCUGGGCGGUGACAUGGUGCGUGGCAGGAUCUCCAGGCUCUCGGUGCGGGACGUGCGCUUCCCCACGUCGCUGGGGGGCCACGGCUCGGACGCCAUGCACACAGACCCUGAUUAUUCGGCUGCGUAUGUUGUCUUAGAGACCGAUGUGGAAGACGGGCUCAAAGGGUAUGGAAUUACCUUCACUCUGGGAAAAGGCACGGAAGUUGUUGCCUGUGCUGUGAAUGCCCUCGCCCACCAUGUGCUUAACAAGGACCUCGGGGACAUCGUUGGUGACUUCAGAGGCUUCUACAGGCAGCUCACCAGUGAUGGGCAGCUCAGAUGGAUUGGUCCCGAGAAAGGUGUUGUGCAUCUGGCGACCGCGGCUGUUCUCAACGCUGUGUGGGACCUGUGGGCCAAGCAGGAGGGAAAGCCUCUGUGGAAGUUACUUGUUGACAUGGACCCCAGGAUGCUGUUAUCCUGCAUAGAUUUCAGGUACAUCACAGACGUCCUGACUGAGGAGGAAGCCUAUGGAAUACUGCAGAAAGGUCAAAUUGGCAAAAAAGAGAGAGAAAGGCAAAUGCUGAUGCAUGGCUACCCUGCCUACACGACAUCGUGCGCCUGGCUGGGGUACUCGGAUGACACGCUGAAGCAGCUCUGCACCGAGGCCCUGCAGGACGGCUGGACCAGGUUUAAGGUAAAAGUGGGUGCUGAUCUCCAGGAUGACAUCCGUAGGUGCCGACUCAUCAGAAACAUGAUUGGACCUGAGAAGACGUUGAUGAUGGAUGCCAACCAGCGCUGGGAUGUGCCUGAGGCAAUAGAGUGGAUGUCAAAGCUGGCUGAGUUCAAGCCACUGUGGAUUGAAGAACCCACCUCCCCUGAUGACAUUCUGGGACAUGCCACCAUUUCCAAGGCAUUGGUCCCACUAGGAAUUGGUGUCGCCACAGGAGAGCAGUGCCACAAUAGAGUCAUAUUUAAGCAGCUUCUCCAAGCGAAAGCCCUGCAGUUUCUCCAGAUUGACAGCUGCAGGCUGGGAAGUGUCAAUGAAAACCUCUCAGUGUUGCUGAUGGCCAAAAAGUUUGAAAUUCCCGUUUGCCCCCAUGCUGGUGGAGUUGGCCUCUGUGAAUUGGUACAGCACCUGAUUAUAUUUGACUUCAUAUCAGUUUCUGCAAGCCUUAAAAACAGGAUGUGCGAAUAUGUCGACCACCUGCAUGAACAUUUCAGGUAUCCAGUGACAAUCAAGAAGGCUUCCUACAUGCCUCCUAAGGAUGCUGGUUAUUCAACAGAAAUGAAGGAGGAAUCUGUAAAGAAACACCAAUAUCCAGAUGGUGAAGUCUGGAAGAAACUUCUUGCUGCUCAAAAUAAUUAAAUGUUCAGCCCCAAUACUCUUUCCUUUUUCAAGUGAAAAGGCUUAAAACUUUUUGGGUAUGGUUUUACAAAAACAAGGGGGAAAAAAUCACCCUAGCAAUCAAAACAAAUUCAGCUGAAAGUCCUGUUAACCUCAGGAAUCAGCUCAGUCAUCAUUAUUACUUAAUUCUUUUAGCAAAUAAACACAUAUUCUCCUUAUUAAUCCUUAAACAAAUUUAGAUUUAACUCAAAAUCCAGAAAGAUGUUCUUACAAAAUUUCUAUCAAGUGCUGGUACCUAGACAUUAAACUGCACUUUGAGAAUAA